AUGGUUCAACGCCUGGGUUUCGCAGCAGACACCGCAGGCGAGGAGGCCAUCAGGCUGUAUAAGGAGCAUGGCACCUCCAUGGCUGGUCUCCGGUUUGCACCAUCGCCUUCCUCAUUCGCGUUCCUCAUCUCCCCCCCCCGUCCUCAUCUCCCCCCCCUCGUCCUCAUCUCCCCCCCCGUCCCUCAUCUCCCCCCCCCGUCCUCAUCUCCCCCCCCGUCCUCAUCUCCCCCCCCGUCCUCAUCUCCCCCCCCCGUCCUCAUCUCCCCCCCCGUCCUCAUCUCCCCCCCGUCCGUCAUCUCCCCCCCCCGUCCUCAUCUCCCCCCCCGUCCUCAUCUCCCCCCCCCGUCUUCAUCUCCCCCCCCCGUCCUCAUCUCCCCCCCCGUCCUCAUCUCCCCCCCGUCCUCAUUCCCCCCCGUUCCUCAUCUCCCCCCCCGUCCUCAUCUCCCCCCCCCGUCCUCAUCCCCUCCCACGUCCUCAUCUCCCCGCCUUCCUCAUCUCCCCGUCUUCCUCGUCACCCCGCCUUCCUCGUCACCCCGUCUUCCUCGUCACCCCGCCUUCCUCGUCCACCCCGUCUUCCUCGUCACCCCGUCUUCCUCGUCACCCCGUCUUCCUCGUCAACCCCCGUCUUCCUCGUCACCCCCGUCUUCCUCGUCACCCGUCUUCCUCGUACCCCGUCUUCCUCGUCACCCCGUCUUCCUCGUCACCCCGUCUUCCCGUCUUCCUCGUCACCCCGUCUUCCUCGUCACCCCGUUCUCCUCGUCACCCCGUUCUUCCCUCGUCACCCCCGUCUUCCUCGUCACCCCGUCUUCCUCGUCACCCCGUCUUCCUCGUCACCCCGUCUUCCUCGUCACCCCGCCUUCCUCAUUCCCUGCAGGUUCGUCCACGGCCGACUGCCAUACCACCUGCUGA